AAAGACUAAUAAAAUACAUCUGAGUGAGGUUUGUGGUUUUAUUCAAAUCGGCCAAAACAAAUGUGGGAUUUCAUUCAAAAAUCCACCUAGUGGUGCCGUUUGCAAGUAUAAAGUGAGGAGGCAGUGUUUGGGUUUGGGGGCUGGGCUGCCUAUGUAAUCUGCUAGUCUCUGCCUACUUUCUCGCAUCAGCACCACCAAGCUUUGAUUGCGUUUUAGCCCGGUCUGCCUGCAUCUGCGUUCCUUGCCUCGCGUCUUAGAUAUUAGCCUACAAAACAGCAGACGAAGAAACGAAAAAGGAUUUAUAGAAGUGUGUCCAUCCAUCUGCUUGAGAAGUGUACUAUUUUCUAUUAGUAAAGAUGGUUAAACUGGGGAGCAAUCUAGAAGACAAAGGCGCUAAACCGGUCAGUGUGGAGGAUGGCUUCCAAAACGUGCCGCUCAUCACCCCUCUGGACGUCGGUAACCUCCAGUAUGGAGCCCCAGACAAGGUGGUGGUGAAGACACGGACUGAGUACCAGACGGACCAGAAGAAAUCCAAGAUGAAGGUGCCCAAGGUGGAGGAGUUUACCAUCAGCUUCACUGAUGGAGUGUCAGAGAGACUCAAGGUCACGAUUCUGAUAGUCCUGGCCUUGGCCUUUUUGGCCUGCAUAGUGUUCCUGGUGGUGUACAAGGCAUUCACGUACGAACACAGCUGCCCAGAUGGAUUCAUAUACAAGCAUAAGCGAUGCAUCCCAGCCUCUCUGGAGGCCUACUACACAGCUCAGGAUGCCAACUCCCGAGGGCGCUUCUAUACGGUGAUCAGCCACUACAGCAUGGCCAAGCAGACCACCUCCCGCUCCGUCUCUCCAUGGCUCCCCGCUGGCGCUGCCCCGCACGACGCCAAGCCGCCCAACACAGACGGGCACUGAGUCUGCCUGCCCAACCCUCCCACCAACCCCACCUCUUCUGCCCGUCUCCAUGACAAGCUUUUAACAGGGAGUGUCUGUCGUUCUCCAGUGUCUCGCUAGGCUCAGAGUACUGUCACGCCCACCUGCCCGCCCCCGCCCCAGCCCAUCAACCCAGCACCACAAUCUCUGCCUCUCCUCCCUUCUGUCUGUUUUCUUUCUUUCUUUAUUCAUUAUUUAUUAUCACUAAUUAUUUUUUUAACUUGUUAUUGGUAUUUUGUAUUUGAUAUCAAACAACUGUUUGUACAAAGUCUUGAGUCAAAGUUGAAAUCCAUUCAGAGUAUAUGCUUUUCUGAGCUGCUACUAACUGAGUGAGUCAAAAGUCAUUUUUCAGAUGUGUCCAUUUGAUGUGUCCAUUUGAUGUGUCCAUCUGAUGUGUCCAUCUGCUCGGCCCCCUGUAGUGUCAUGACUCUGUGUAAUCAAAGUCAUGUUAUGAUAAACUCUGAUUCAAGUCCAGGCAUAUCCAUGGCAUUUUGGUUCAUACUCAUACUGUAAUACAUUCUUAUAGAAAGGGUUUUCCCAAAUUAGUACCUAUUUGUACGUCUAUGGAAGUUAAACUUCAACACCAAUAUACACUAGAUGUCCUGAAUUAUCUGAGCAAUGCUAGCUAAGUAUUCUCUAUCAUGACGGUUUGAUAUCAGAACACUCUUUAAUGUACUGUCCUGUAUGUCCUACUUCCCUUCUUGAGCCAAGCUGUAUAAAGCCCAGUGCAUUCAUGCUAGUUCAUGUGUGUGCAUGGUUGUAGCUAGGUUUCAUGACAGUUUAACUAUUUUUCGUGGGAAAAGAGCGACCUUUAUUGCCAGUUACAUUUCGCUUUAGCAGACAGUCCAGCCACUGUACACAACAUGAAUAUGUGGGUCUAUUGCUAAGGAUAAAUACCCAAGACGUGGUGAUGAUGGGAAACAUUGUGUAUAUCGCUGUCUUUGCCAAAACUCUGGUUCCUGUAAUGUUUAGAACCAUUUGUAGAUGAGCUUCUCUGCACAGUUUUGUUCUGUUACCAUUUUUUUUUUUUUUUUUUAUCUUGUCAAAAAAAACAAAAAACGCUUUUUGAACUAUUGUGAUGUUUGGUAGUUGAUAUGUAGCAACGUCUGGAGUAGUUUCUCACUGUACAUCCCAUAGGUUUGAAAUGAAAAUAAAGCAAGUUGUGACCUGA